UAUGCAACACCAAAUCGAUGCCACUCAUCCAGGCCCAGUCCACGCACGCCCAGCCACACCCGCACCCGCACCCGCUUCCGCCCCCCGGUCCGACCACGCCCCCAGCACAGCCACGCACCAGAAGUCCAAUGAUCGGCAGGACAUAUGCCAAGUCCAUGCCCGUGACGCCAGUUCAACCGCAAUCGCCGCUGGCCGAGACGCCCUCCUAUGAGCUCUACGAACGCCACUCGGAUGCGGCCACCUUCCACUUUGGGGAUGAGGACGAUGAGGAUGAUGAUGAGCACGACCAGGAGGAUACUUCAUCGCUGGCCAUGAUCACACCGCCGCCGCCCUACGACACUCCGCAUAUGGUUGCAUCGCCGCCGCUGCCGCCGCCUCGUAGAUUUCGCUUUGGCAACAGGGAGCUGUUCAGCAUGAGUCCAGCCGGAGGUGGAGCCACGCCCACCGCCUCGGCAGGCCACCGCGGCAGCAGCGCCAUCACGCCCACAAAGUUGAGUGCGGCGGCAGCGGCCAUGUUUGCCGCACCCCAAAUGGCCACCCAACUCAACCGGAAGUGGGCUCAUUUGCAAAGGAAGCGGCGCAGACGCAACAGCAGCUCCGGCGAUUCCAAGGAGCUGGACAAACUGGUCCUGCAAUCGGUCGACUGGGAUGAGAACGAGAUGUACUAGCACGUAGACCAACAAUGAGAUAGCAGAAACACUUUGAUUCUGAAUUUAUACACAUUUGCAAAUUUUGAAUGGGAUUUCGAUUUUAAAAUGCGAAAUUGUAUUCUUAAUGCAGGAUAUUUUGGUGCGAGUGCAUGUUUUUAAGUAAAACAUUUUAAAGUUAUUAUUUUUAACUUUUUAUAAAAAAGCUGUAAAGAAGAGUUCUGCUAGCUUAAAUAGUACACACAACUCGAUUCCAACGUGGCGCUGAGAUAUAGGAAUAACCCCUCCCUUCCCUUAAACUUAAAGAAGCAAUCGAAAAGAUCAUUCACUAGCGAUAGAAACUGGAUGGGGAUUUACUUACACACAAAAAGCCAGAGAAGUUAUACACGAAGUUUAUAGUUAUAUAGCCUUUAUACAUACUCCCCGAUCUGCUAAGUAUACACAAGCAAGCAUAACAUAACAUACGUAUAUAUGACUCUAUAUAUACCAAUAGAUUUCAUAGACGAUUCACAUGGAUCGGCUACGCUAAAUUAGAGCUGCAAAAUGAUAUUGUUAAUUACGAUUAGAGAAAAGAAAACACAACAGAUGUAAAUAUUAAUCCUAGAGAUGGGAAAGACGUAACGUAAUCUAAGCAAACCUUAUUCGAAUAGAGUAUACACGAUAUACAAGAUUUUUUGCAUUUAACCCAGAGAAGUUUAAAAUAGAUAAAAUUAGAAAGUCAUAACAAAUGGUUAAGAACAAUGAGAAAACAAAACAAAACGAAACGCUUAUUACUGAUUUAUACAAAUGAAAUGAAUUACCGAAAUAGUAGGAGGGCAAACAAAUUAGUCUUAAGCCGUCAGAUAUCUGGGAAAUAUAAGGGGAUUGCAUUCGGGAUUCAUUCCGAACUGGAACUGGAACUGCCAAACGCGAUGCAGCGCUCCCAACGAAAUCGAAUCCAUCGAGUGCAUUUUCCAUUGUCAAUUUCAUUUGCAGAGCCUCAAGCUAUAGUACUUCUUCAGACUUCAGACUCCAGCGCUUCAGUCUGCUAUAGGAACGUGUAAAUUAUGUACAGGACUAUACGCAUUAUUCAACCGAUCUGUACAGUGCGAUCUGCAGUAUGUGCGAUAUGUGCCAUAAUUGGGUAUGUGCCCACUUUGAGUUUAGUUGUUAUUGUUUGCAUUGAUUCAGAAUAGUUCUUUACACGAGAACACAACUCGCUAUCUUUGUAUAUAUUCGAAUAUAUAUAGAUAUAUACAUACAUACUUAUAUGCAUGAAGAGGGAUACACAAAUUUCAUGUGAAGUGAUCGAUCAAAAUUUAGUGAAAGCAUUAAAACUGAACUUUAGCCUAGCCACAUAGGGUUUGUAUUAUAGACUGGACGAACGGAGGGCAGAACAAAACUUUUGAAAAUAUUUUCACUAGGGGCAUUGCUAAUGUUGUUCUCAUAUUAAAGUAUAUUAGAAAUAGGAUAAGCUAAUUGAUACUCAAUAUUUUGUAUGAGAAACAUUAAAAUCAUCCGAUCAAACUUGGAAAUUGCGUUGGAAAACGAGUAAAAAAGCGUAGAAAUAUCUAAAUCAAAGCAAAUGUAUAAACAAGAAAACCCAUAAAAAGCAGUAGAUUUAUAAAGUAAACCCACACAGAAACGUAAGAUUAAUAUAUACUUUUUGCAGCUGCAAUUUAAUGCUUUUUAUAUGCAAUUUUACUUUUUGACAAAAUGUAUACAACCGAAAAAGAUCAUCAACAGUGGAAAACAAAAACGCAUAGAAACCAAGUAAAAUUAUUAAUAUUACAUUUAGACAGCCAAAGAUACGAGUGAUUUUAAAACUUGUUUUUAAAGUUAUUUGUGCAUAUUUUUUUAAUUCGUUUUAUUUGUACAAAAAUAUUAUUUAAAGCAAUUUAAACCUCUAGACAAACUAUGUAACACUAAGGUUACUGUUUACGAUUAUUUAGUUAAUCAAUUAUACACCUUAUUAUUGUGUUCUUUUUCUUUAAAGAAAUAGUGUCGAGUACUUUGAAAGCAAUAAAAACACUUGAAAAAUAUAUGAAAAAUAUAAAUGAGAUUCAGACACAUAGAGUAGCAGCUGAUGGUAAAACUUAGGAAUACACUAGAGUUUUGAACUAAUUCUAGAUCUACAUCAACUACUUAUACAAUUGCAUACAAGUAUUAAUUGAAUCAGAUCAUUAACUUUUAUACACUUUACCAUUUACAUAUAUACAAGCAAACUGAUUGCCGAUUACCGAUUAUUCAAUAUACAAGGCAAAUUUAACAUGUAAUUGUAAUUUGAAGCCAGGCUGCAAUUGAAAGGUUUUACAGUAAAUCAUGCCUACACACAUAAACCAGCAACAACAGCAACAAGAUCAGAGAAUCCGUAAAUAUAUACUUAUAUAUAAUAUAGAUGACCCGUAUACAUACACUUAUUAGAUACUUUAGAAGAGAGAUUCUCUAGAAAUGCUUUUAAAUUAAAAAAUCCACGAAAAACCAAAAAAAAGAAGUAAUAAACAAGAAAAAUAACUGAUUUAAGCAAAGUAUUUUAUUAAAAACACUGAGUAAGGAAAUGGCAAAUUCAAGCGCAAAAACACAAAAAAAAUACAUAUAUAUAAAUUUCUUCAAACUUUCAGCGAAAGGCAUACAUUUGUGAAAUAAGCCAACUCAGACACUUUUUUAGAACAUCAGAAAUUGGGGUUGACGAUGAUGGUGAUCACUAGACGUCGUUGAAGAUACUUUAAAGAUAAUUAUAAGAUAAACGAAAACGAUUUUUAACUUUCUCCGAAUAAGACAAAAACAAUUAUUACCUUCUGAUGGUAGAAGCACAUUCAUAUUUGCUAAUUAGCAACUUAUUAAACUAUAAACAACAAGCAACAUUUAAAAGCUAGAGCAGAAAGCAGGAACUCACACAAAAAAAGUAAAAUAAAAUAAAAAUGAAAACAUGAAUCCAUGAAUCCAUGACACCACACACCCAAGUUUUCAUUUUCCAUUAAAAACGAUAUAUAUUCAAGUGCUUCUUACAUAAAAUAAAUAUAAAUAUAUAUGAAACAAAAAAAUAUAUUAAUGAUUACAUGAUAGAUAUUAUUACGAGCAGGCAUUACAUUAUAAAUACCUACUAACUAGUUUAAGGCAUUUACCACAACUUGAUUAUUAUGAACUGUAUUAUUAUGUUUUGUGAAAUCGAGCGAACUAUUACAGAUCAAGAGAAUCAGAUUACUGAGCGGAUUUAGAGUAAGCGUAAUAACUCUGUACUAUAUCCGGUUCCGUUUGGUUUUUUAAUCUCUAAGUAGCCAGCUCUCUAUGCAAAUAGAAUAAAGACGAACACACACUGACACGUAA